UCGCGUCGAGUGUGCGUGCGUGCGUUGCGUGUUUGCGUGUGGUCACAGUUCCCGCCAUCAGCCACUCUCCCUGACUUGGGGUAGCGAACUGUAGACCUCCGUUUGGGUUCGGCGUCCCUUCCUUCCUUAACCUCCAUUCUUCCCCCUCCGCGCGGACUCGGUGCGAGCCCCGGACUCACAGGCACAGCUGAGUUGAUGGCUUCCGAAGAACUGGGAUAGCUGCAGAAUAUGAGUAGUUCCCCAAGAAGAUUGCAUUGCCUUUGGCACAAGCAUCAGAAUAAAGGUGAAUCGUUAUUACAUAGGGUUUUUCAGUAAAAGUCACUGAAAAAAUCUGUUGGGUGAAGUUGUAUUUUUGUUUUAUAAUUUUGCUAGAAGCAAUUUAUUUUUAAAGAAAGUAUGUCUCCUCUGAAGAUACAUGGUCCUAUCAGAAUUCGAAGUAUGCAAACUGGGAUUACAAAAUGGAAAGAAGGAUCCUUUGAAAUUGUGGAAAAGGAUAAUAAAGUCAGCCUAGUGGUUCACUACAAUACUGGAGGAAUUCCAAGGAUAUUUCAGCUAAGUCAUAACAUUAAAAAUGUGGUGCUUCGACCCAGUGGAGCAAAACAAAGCCGCCUAAUGUUAACGCUACAAGAUAACAGCUUCUUGUCUAUUGACAAAGUACCAAGUAAGGAUGCAGAGGAAAUGAGGUUGUUUCUAGAUGCAGUCCAUCAAAACAGACUCAAUGCAGCCAUGAAACCUCAGGGGUCUGGUAGUUUUGGAGCUAUUCUGGGCAGUAGAACCUCACAGAAGGAAACCAACAGGCAGCUUUCUUACUCAGACAAUCAGGCCUCUUCAAAAAGAGGAAGUUUGGAAACUAAAGAUGAUACUCCAUUUCGAAAAGUUCUUGGUAAUCCAGGUAGAGGAUCGAUUAAGACUGCAGCAGGAAAUGGAAUAACUGUCACCCGAACGAUUCCGUCUUUGACAUCUACAUCAACACCUCUUAGAUCAGGUUUAUUAGAAAAUAGAACUGAAAAGAGGAAAAGAAUGCUGUCUGGCUCAGAGUUGAAUGAAGAUUACCCUAAGGAAAAUGAUUCAUCAUCGAACAACAAAGCUAUGACAGAUCCCUCAAGAAAGUAUUUAACCAGCAGUAGAGAGAAGCAGCUGAAUUUGAAACAGUCGGAAGAGAAUAGGACUUCAGGACUUUUACCUUUGCAGUCAUCAUCCUUUUAUGGUAGCAGAUCUGGAUCCAAGGACUACUCUUCUGGCAAUACUAAUCUAGACAGGUAUGCAUUGGUUAUAUGCUCUGUAAAGAACUUAAAGAGCUCUCUUCUUCAGAAUAUUUUUUAA